CCAUAAAAGGGCUCCUGACCGGUCUGGGUCAUUGUCCCAGCCACAGGGGCUCCGUGUUCAGCAUGGUGUGCCUAGCAGCUCUGCUUCUGUGGGUGGCUGCGUGUGCGGCACAGCCCCGGGGACGGAUCCUGGGCGGGCAGGAGGCCAAGGCCCACGAGCGGCCCUACAUGGCGUCGGUGCAGGUGAACGGGACCCAUCUGUGUGGCGGCGUCCUGGUGGCAGAGCAGUGGGUGCUGAGCGCGGCGCACUGCCUGGAAGAUGCGGCCCACGGGAAGAUGCAGGUGCUCCUGGGCGCGCACUCGCUGUCGCGGCCCGAGCCCACCAAGCGCCGGUACGACGUGCUCCACGCCGUGCCCCACCCGGACAGCCGGCCCGAGUCCAUCGCGCAUGACCUCCUGCUGCUGCAGCUGUCGGAGAAAGCGGCCCUGGGCCCCGCCGUGCGGCCCCUGCCCUGGCAGCGCGAGAACCGCGACGUGGCGCCCGGCACGCUCUGCGACGUGGCAGGCUGGGGCGUGGUCAGCCACGCCGGGCGCCGGCCCGACCGCCUGCAGCACGUGCGGCUGCCCGUGAUGGACCGCGCCACCUGCAACGAGCGCGUCCACUACGACGGCGCCAUCAGCGAGAGCAUGAUGUGCGCCCAGAGCAACCGCCGCGACAGCUGCAGGGGAGACUCCGGCGGCCCGCUGGUGUGCGGGGGCGUGGUCGAAGGCGUGGUCACGUCGGGCUCGCGCGUCUGCGGCAACCGCAAGAAGCCGGGCAUCUACACGCGGGUGUCGAACUACACAAGCUGGAUUGAUGGCAUUAUGGCCGGGUGGGGUGGCCCAAACGGAACCUACCAGCCGAAUGGAACCUAUGAGCCGAUGACGAUGACACUAGAGUCCCAACUUUAAAAGCAUGCAAGCCUUUAAUCCUAGCUUCUCAGGAGUUUCGAAGCCAGCCUGAGCAGGAAAACCAGGGCAAGUCUUUAUCUUCAGUUAGCAAGCAAAGCAAAAAAGAAAAAGCUGGAAGUGGAGCUGUGGUAGGGUGCUAGCCUGGAGCACAAAAGCUCAAGGGUAGUG